AGAAAGAGAAAUGAAGAAGAUGCGAUGCAAGUUCACGUACUGCUUGCUCACCACGCAAGCAAUACCUUUUUUAUGAAAAAGAAAAAAUAUGGUUGCAGUUUGGACUUGACUCUUGCACCCCACUUCUCCACCUAUAUAUAACUAGAAAUUAGCUUUCCAAAUUAAUUCCUCUAAGCUCAUCCUUUGAUUACGUCUCUUUUUUUAUUCACUUGCGUCCUUACACUUUUUUAAUUUAGACCUCUAACUCUUAACUAGUUGCUUCAUCACUUCAGCAGAUUCAUCAUCCUUUAAUAUUCUAUUACAGUGAUAUAAGUUAGCCGAAACGUGGAGAUUGGGUUGGUGUUGAUACGAUGCAAGCGGAGAGCCAUGGUAAUGAUGCAGAUGGAAACGGCAGCAAAGAGAUUAAAUCGGAGGAACACGCGGUGCCCUUUCACAAGCUGUUUGCGUUUGCUGAUUCUUUCGACAAACUACUAAUGAUUGUGGGUUCCAUUGGGGCUGUUGGCAAUGGCAUCUCCCUACCUCUCAUGACAAUCCUGUUUGGGGAACUUGUCGACUCUUUCGGCCAAAACCAAACAGACAACGUUGUUUCUGUUGUUUCUAAGGUAGCAUUAAAGUUUGUGUAUUUGGCAAUGGGGUGCGGCGCUGCGGCAUUUCUGCAGGUGAGUGGGUGGAUGAUCACCGGGGAAAGGCAGGCUGCAAGAAUCAGGAGUUUGUAUUUGAGGACAAUCUUGAGACAGGAUGUUGCUUUCUUCGACAAGGAAACUAACACCGGAGAAGUGGUGGGGCGAAUGUCGGGCGACACUGUACUCAUUCAAGAUGCCAUGGGGGAGAAGGUUGGGAAAUUUAUACAGCUGCUGGCUACAUUUGUGGGUGGCUUUGUGAUUGCUUUCAUCAAAGGAUGGCUUCUCACUCUUGUCAUGCUAUCAUCCAUUCCUCUGCUCGUCAUAUCCGGUGGCCUCAUGUCUGCCGUCCUAUCUAAGAUGGCUUCUCGCGGCCAGAACGCGUAUGCCAAGGCUGCAACUGUGGUGGAGCAGACGAUUGGCUCCAUUAGAACUGUGGCCUCAUUUACUGGCGAGAAACGAGCUGUGGCUGAGUACGAAAAGUCCCUCAUCAAGGCCUAUCAUUCAGGUGUACAGGAAGGAUGGGCCACAGGGUUAGGUUUUGGAUCUGCCAUGUUCAUUAUAUUCUGCAGCUAUGCUUUGGCUAUUUGGUUUGGUGCAAAGAUGAUAUUGGAGAAAGGUUAUAGCGGUGGCGAAGUGCUCAAUGUGAUUAUCGCGGUGCUAACUGGUUCAAUGUCUCUGGGGCAGGCAUCCCCUUGCAUGACUGCGUUUGCAGCGGGUCGAGCAGCGGCUUACAAGAUGUUCGAGACUAUAAAUAGGAAGCCCGAGAUUGAUGCGUAUGAUAGCAGGGGGAAGAAGCUUCAAGACAUUCGUGGGGACAUAGAGCUGAAUGAUGUUUAUUUCAGCUACCCUGCUCGGCCAGAUGAGCAGAUAUUCAGAGGCUUCUCUCUCUCCAUCCCUAGUGGGACGACGGCAGCUCUGGUCGGACAGAGUGGGAGCGGCAAAUCAACUGUUGUGAGCUUGAUAGAGAGAUUCUAUGACCCCCAAGCUGGCCAAGUGCUAAUCGAUGGAGUCAAUCUCAAGGAGUUCCAGCUCAAGUGGAUCAGGUCGAAAAUCGGCCUUGUGAGCCAAGAACCGGUGCUCUUCACCGGUAGCAUUAAGGAUAACAUUGCAUACGGCAAGGAUGGUGCAACUACAGAGGAAAUCAGAGUGGCUGCAGAGCUAGCGAAUGCUGCUAAAUUCAUCGAUAAACUGCCUCAGGGACUGGAUAGCACGGUUGGUGAACAUGGCACUCAGCUUUCGGGUGGACAGAAGCAGAGAAUCGCCAUUGCUAGAGCAAUCCUAAAGGACCCGAGGAUACUACUCUUAGACGAGGCUACGAGUGCUCUAGAUGCGGAGUCUGAGAGAGUGGUGCAAGAGGCGUUGGACAGGAUUAUGGUGAACAGAACCACAGUCAUUGUGGCCCAUCGCCUCAGCACAGUCAGGAAUGCUCAUAUGAUUGCAGUUAUUCAUCAAGGAAAGAUGGUUGAGAAAGGAACGCAUGAUGAACUUCUUGAGGAUCCAGAUGGGGCGUAUUCGCAGCUCAUACGCUUGCAGGAAGCAAACAAGGAGUCGGACAACGUCGAUGAAAACGAAAGAUCAGAUGCGAGCAUGGAUUCCGGUCGACACUCAAGCCGCAAGCUGUCAUCCAUGCGCUCCAUUAGUAAAGGAGGUUCCUCUGAGAUAGGAAACAGCAGCCGUCGCCAAUCAUUACCGCUAUCAUUUGCUCUGCCUCCCACAAUCAAUCCAUCAGAACAAGGUCCAGAUUUUAGUUCUACUUCCUCUGAGAAGCAUCCUAACGUCUCCAUUCGUCGCCUUGCCUAUCUGAAUAAGCCCGAGGUGCCCGUGCUCAUCUUGGGAGCUAUAGCUGCAAUUGUUAAUGGUGCAGUGAUGCCCGUAUUCGGGAUAUUGAUAUCAAGCGUGAUCAAAACCUUCUUUGAGACGCCGCAUAAGCUACGCAAGGACUCGAAAUUCUGGUCAUUGAUAUUCGCGGGGCUGGGAGCCGUAUCACUGGUGGCGUAUCCAGCGAGGACUUAUCUGUUCGGUGUGGCCGGGAAUAAGCUGAUUAAGAGGAUUAGGCUGAUGUGCUUCGAGAAGGCGGUUAGAAUGGAGGUUUCUUGGUACGAUGAGCCCGACCACUCGAGUGGUAUGAUCGGAGCAAGGCUGUCCGCUGAUGCUGCGAGCGUUCGUGCUCUCGUUGGCGAUGCCCUGGCGCAAAUGGUUCAAGACUUGUCAUCGGCAGUUGUGGGGCUGGGCAUUGCUUUUCAAGCUAGUUGGCAACUGGCACUCAUCAUACUUGCUAUGAUACCUCUCAUAGGACUCAGCGGGUUUGUGCAGGUCAAGUUCUUGAAAGGCUUCAGCGCAGAUGCAAAGGCCAUGUAUGAAGAAGCAAGUCAGGUUGCUAACGACGCAGUUGGAAGUAUACGAACAGUUGCUUCCUUCUGUGCAGAGGAGAAGGUGAUGGAAAUGUACAGAAUCAAAUGCCAAGGUCCAAUGAAGAAUGGGAUUAGACAAGGAGUUAUUAGUGGGGUCGGCUUUGGUUUAUCCUAUGCCUUGCUGUUUCUCGUCUACGCUACAAGCUUCUAUGCAGGAGCUCGCCUUGUUCAAGAUGGCAAGAUCACAUUUUCCGAUGUCUUUCGCGUUUUCUUUGCUCUAACAAUGGCGGCUAUAGCAAUCUCCCAAUCAAGCUCAUUAGCUCCGGACUCGAGCAAGGCCAAGAGCGCGUCUGCCUCAGUCUUUGCGAUUCUCGAUAGGGAAUCCAAGAUCGACCCAAGCGACGAAUCCGGCGUGAAGCUAGAGAGUAUGAAGGGAGAGAUAGAGCUACGGCACGUGAGUUUCAAGUAUCCCACUAGGCCAGAUGUUCAGAUCUUCCGUGACCUGUCCCUCACCAUCCGCAGCGGCAAGACCGUUGCGUUGGUCGGGGAGAGCGGCAGCGGUAAAUCAACAGUCGUGUCAUUGCUGCAGAGAUUCUACGAUCCUGAUUCAGGCCACAUAAGCAUCGACGGAGUUGAGAUACAAAAGUUCCAGCUGAAAUGGCUGAGGCAGCAGAUGGGGCUAGUGAGCCAAGAGCCAGUCCUCUUCAAUGACACCAUCCGAGCCAACAUCGCCUACGGCAAGGGAGGCGAUGCCACGGAGGCAGAGAUCAUCGGUGCGGCCGAGAUGGCCAACGCGCACAAGUUCAUCAGCGGGCUGGCCAACGGGUACGACACGGUGGUGGGGGAGCGAGGGGUUCAGCUGUCCGGGGGGCAGAAGCAGCGCGUCGCCAUUGCCCGUGCCAUCGUCAAGGCUCCCAAGAUACUGCUGCUGGACGAGGCUACGAGCGCAUUGGAUGCGGAGUCGGAGAAAGUGGUUCAGGAUGCGCUCGACCGGGUUAUGGUGGACCGGACCACGGUGGUGGUGGCGCAUAGGCUGUCGACGAUCAAAGGAGCCAAUGUGAUCGCUGUGGUGAAGAAUGGAGUGAUAGUGGAGAAAGGGAAGCAUGAAACUCUAAUCAACAUCAAAGAUGGUUUUUACGCUUCAUUAGUCGCACUUCAUACGUCAGCAACUUCUGCUCCUGCUUAAUUAGUUUGAAUCAUAGAUCUCAUUGUUGGUGACAAGAGUUCGCAUCGCUUGAUAUUCUCUUGGGGAUUUCUUCUGCUUAAUUAUUAAACACCAAAUUAAUUUUCACUUCUCGUUGUAUUUAGAUUCUUCAUUUUUAAUACUACAAGUUUCCGCUCUUUUUAGUGAUUCA